AUGCGUCGAGAGUCUUCUGAGUCGCUUUUAUCUUUGGUCGAUAGUUUCGAACGUAAUAUUUCCAUCUUGAAACGCCUCGGGGAACCAGCAGAUCGCUGGAGUUCGAUAUUAGUUUACCAGUUGAGCCUGCGUUUGGACAACCGUACCUUGCGAGAAUGGGAGCAAUAUUCUUCCAGAGAACCAGCUCGAGACGACGGAGUAGUGAAUGAUGGAAUGCCUCUCUACAUUGACAUGAUACGAUUCCUACAGGACUACGCCCGAAUGCUUCAGACUAUCGCACCCCAACACACAGCGAUGACUCAUAGACCGACAGAUUUCAAACCAAAAUCAAACGCCGCUGCUUAUGUCGCAGUAGAGCCUACUUCUCGAUCGUGUCUUAAUUGUGGUCAAGGUCAUUUUCUCGGGAAUUGUGGACAGUUCAGGAAAUUAUCGCCGCAUGAACGUCUCGAUUUCGCAAAAACUCAUCGCUUGUGCUUAAAUUGUUUGAAAACAGCGGCUCACAGUUGCAAGAACUGUCCCUCGUCCAAUUGUCGAAAAUGUGAUCGCAAGCAUAACACGCUUCUCCAUUUACCCCCUCUCGAUGGUUUACAUACACAGCAAUCUCAAGGCACAGCUGGUUACAUUCAAUCGCAAGCACCGUCGUCGUCGUCAUCGUCGUCUCGUUCACCAUGCCUGCCCAGCCAAACCUCGCCUGUCCCGUCAUCAUCGGCAUCGCAAAUGGCAGUUUCAAUGGCAGCCUCUCGAGCGGCUCCCAUAUCUUCAUCGCAUUUCGCAAGCUCCGAUUCUGCGGCAGGCCCACCUGAAGUUUUAACAACUCGAUCACAUCUACCCAACGAAAUAGUGUUUCUUUGGACGGCACUGGUUAACUUUGAGGAUUGUAAUGGGACGACGUAUCAAGUGCGAGUUCUCUUGGACUGCGGUUCACAGUGCAAUUUCAUGUCGGAGGCAUUAUACCGCAAACUUCAUCUCGCAUCUGUCGCCUGUUCCACUGAAGUAUCUGGGAUCGGUACAAGCUUGACUCGAAUCGAACGCGCUGUUACCGCCUUUGUUUCAUCGCGAUGCUCUCCAUACCGAAAACAAAUGUCGUUUCUUGUUCUACCUUCGAUAACAAGAAUGUUGCCUUCUCGUCCAGUGGAUGUCACCAGCUGGAAGCUUCCACGUCAUGUUCGAUUUGCGGACCCGACGUUCAACACUCCAGGCGUAAUUGACGCUAUUGUCGGUAAUGAGUGUUUUGCAGAUAUACUACAAUACGGUAAAAUAGACUUUGGUGAAAAGUUACCUGUUCUACAAAAGACAGUUUUCGGAUGGAUCAUUUCUGGAAAAUGUCAAAACACCAAUGAGAAGGCAUCUUUUGUGUCGUAUCAUGUAAGCCGCCUCGAUAAGCUGGAAGCCUUGGUGGGAAAAUUUUGGGAAUUGGAAUCGUGUGCGUCACCCAACAACUGGUCGCCUACGGAGCUUGAAUGUGAACAACAUUUCAAGAAAAACGUUAUACGCAAUGCUCAAGGCAGGUAUGUCGUAAAAUUACCUAAGAGAGUGGAAUUACUACCACAGCUGCAUGACAAUAGAUACAACGCACAGCGACGUUUUCUAUCGCUAGAGCGUAAACUCGAUUCAAAUAUCGAAAUCAAGAAACUUUAUCACGAGUUUAUCCAAGAGCGCAUCUCGCUGGGUCACAUGCAAGAAGUUCCACCAGCUGAGGAAGAUUUGUCCCCUCAAUAUUUCUUGCCGCACCACGCCGUAUUACGACUGAACAGUUCGACCACCAAGUUACGAACCGUGUUUGACGCUUCAUGCAAAUCGCAAUCUGGUAUAUCGCUCAACGAUGUCCUUUUAGUGGGACCAACGAUUCAAGAUUCGCUAAUUUCAAUAGUCAUGCGAUUUCGGAUGCACGCUUUUGUGGUGAGUGCGGACGUCGCCAAAAUGUACCGCCAAAUUUUGGUACAUCCUUCUGAUCAAGCACUACAAAGAAUCUACUGGCGGGAGUCUAAAGAGUUUCCGCUGAAAAUAUUCCAGCUUCGGACCUUGACCUACGGAACCAACAGCGCAUCCUUUCUUGCCACUCGGGUAAUUCAGCAGCUUGCUGAGGACGAGGCUAAAAAUUUCCCGCUCGCUGCGCCAGUAGUUCGUAAAGAUUUUUACAUGGACGAUAUGUUAACCGGUUCCAACGAUCUCAAAACCUUAAAGAACGUGUGCAUUCAAGUAACUGCUAUGCUAGAGUCGGCUGGCUUCCCGCUUAGAAAAUUCUCUUCUAAUUCUCAAGAGAUUCUCGAUCUUAUUCCCGUAUCGCAGAGAGAAACGAAAACUUUGCUAAAAUUUGACAAUCAUUCGUCUGUAAAUGCUCUCGGUCUACUUUGGGAACCAGCUUCCGAUUUUCUGAGCUGCAAAAUUCCGGAAUGGCCAAGAAUUAAAACGUAUACAAAACGCACCGUACUGUCCCGUAUGUCGAGCCUAUUCGAUCCGUUAGGAUUACUUGGUCCAGCAACCGUAAAGGCCAAGAUAUUUAUGCAGACGCUAUGGAAGACAACGUUAUCGUGGGAUUCCAACCUGCCCGUUCCGUAUCAAAUCGCUUGGGAAGAGAUACAAAGCCAAAUUCCUGAAUUGAAAGAACUUCGUAUUCCUCGUUUCGUUUUGUCGCUCCGUAGACCAAAAAUCGUCGAAAUGCACGGAUUCAGUGACGCGUCUGAACAAGCUUACGGCGCCUGCGUCUAUAUUCGUUCGAUCACCGAUGAUGGAUACUGUACAGUUCGGCUUUUCGCUGCCAAGUCAAGGAUAGCUCCUUUGGAGGUCAAGUCCAUCGCCCGUCUUGAGCUUUGUGCCGCCCUUCUCUUAGCAAAUCUAUCCCAAAUGGUUGCAGACACCAUCGCACACAACGGCAAAGUAUUUCUCUGGACCGAUUCAUCCAUCGUACUCCAUUGGCUGGCUUCGUCGCCGUCUAAAUGGCAAACAUUUGUUGCGAACCGUGUUGCGGAAAUUCAAAGGCUGACCACCAGUGGAAUCUGGAAACAUGUUCCCAGUAGUGACAAUCCCGCCGACCUAAUUUCGCGAGGAAUGUUUGUCUCGGAAUUGUACAACAGCUCUCUUUGGUGGAACGGGCCUAACUGGAUAACGUCUGUCGAUCAGCCUUGGCCUGAAACCGUGGUAGUACCCGUCCACGACUCGAUGUCGGAGGAAGUGCUCGAAAUGUUCGCUAACAACAGCUCAACGAAUAAAGUUUCUCGUCUGGGACCGAUAUCCACUGUCGAAAUGCGUGAAGCUAUGUUAGCACUCGUACGCGUUGUUCAACAAGAGUGCUUUGCCCCUGAGAUAGCAUCUCUUUCUGCCAACCAAGAUGUACCUCGAUCGUCGACUUUGCGAUUUCUUCACCCAAUCCUCGAAGACAGCCUGAUACGUGUUGGUGGCCGGCUACAACAUGCAUCGAUCAGCUACGAUAGGAAGCACCCUUUAGUAUUACCAGUGAAACAUCCAUUAACGCUACUGAUCGCCGAAUCUGUUCAUCGGCGAACCAUGCAUGGCGGGCCACAGCUUACAUUAGCAAUCAUGAAACACGAGUUUUGGCCAUUGCGUGGUAGAGAUCUGGUACGGCGAGUAGUACACAGCUGCGUAACGUGUGCAAAGGCCAGGCCCAGGAAUCUCGAGCAACUAAUGGGACAGCUACCACCGGAGAGGGUUAAUCGAGCAUACCCCUUUCAAUACGUCGGAAUAGAUUUUGCGGGACCAGUGUAUCUCAAACCAAGCACACGCAAAGGAGCUCCUGUAAAAUCAUACGUUGCAGUGUUUGUUUGCCUGGCGGUCAAAGCAGCGCACCUUGAGCUCGUGUCGGAUCUCACGUCGGCUGCAUUCAUCGCGGCACUUCGUCGUUUCAUUGCGCGCAGGGGAUUGCCGAAUACCAUCUUCUGUGAUAACGCAACAAAUUUUACUGCAGCUCACAGGGAACUCAAAGACCUUCGACAGAUGUUCCUGUCGCAGCAUCACAAAAAUGCUGUUGUACUAGAAGCAAGUACCCAAAAAAUUGCUUUUCAUUUCAUACCACCACAUGCCCCUACGUUUGGUGGGUUAUGGGAGGCUUGCGUCAAGUCUUUCAAGCAUCAUCUUCGCAGAAUAGUUGGGAAUAGUCAGCUGCCGUAUGAGGCCUUUAGUACCGUGCUUGUGCAAAUUGAGGCAUGCCUUAACUCGCGACCAAUUACUCCACUGUCCAACGAUCCGAACGAUGAAGAAGCACUUACUCCAGGACACUUCAUCAUCGGACGACCGCUUUUAGCCGUACCUGAACCCGAUUUAGCGCACAUUCCAGAAAAUCGUUUGGAUCUUUGGCAGAAAACGCAAAGUCUCACGCAACACUUUUGGAAACGAUGGAGCAAGGAGUAUCUGUGUACCUUGCAGCUCCGGUACAAGUGGUCUACGGUGAAUCAAAAUUUGCUGAAAGAUUCCAUCGUUUUGAUUCGGGAUGACAAUCUCCCAGUUGGAAGAUGGUCGAUGGGCAGAGUAAUUUCUGUCAAUUUCGGAGAUGAUAACCUCGUUCGAGUUGCAACUGUAAAGAUUGCCGGUGUAGCCAAACCAGUAACACGUCCGAUUACGAAAUUGUGCCUUUUACCGAUCGAGAUAGAUCCAGGAACCAUCGAAGCGUGUCCGUCAUCAACCCCCGACCAAGACGUGACCUAUGGUAUGUAA